AUUAAUCAUAUUUUAUGUUUCAGGUUAUUCUAAAAGAUGAACUUAUCGAAAGAUUGUAUUGAGGUUCCGCUUUACUAUGAUAUACACUCAAAGGAAGACUUUAUUUUUCAAAUCCAAUGUAAAAGGAAACCUGCUGUAUUAAGAGGGUUAGACAUUGGAGACUGCUGUGAAAAGUGGUCAGUUGAAUACUUGACACAUCACAUCGGACAUUUAGAGGCAAAAAUACAUGUUUCAUGUGAAAGUAAAAUGGACUUUAUCAACAAAAACUUUUCAUAUAAAACAUUAAGUUUAGCGGAGAUCAUUAAACGAGCUUCUGCAACGAUAAAAGAAAAUUACUUCUUCCAACCACAAGAAUAUUAUUAUUUAAGAUCUCUGAGCAGUGAAAGAAGGGGACGUGAAGUUUCUGACAUUAAAAAACAAUUUGCUCAAAUAGCAGAUGACAUUGUAAUACCAAAAUUUUUCAAUGACGUUGAUUUCUUUUCAAGUGUUUUGAGAGUUAGUUCAGAAGGUGUUCAGUUGUGGACUCAUUACGAUAUCAUGGACAACAUAUUGAUCCAAGUACAAGGAAGAAAACGUGUUGUACUGUUCGAUCCAUCUGACAUCAGUUAUUUGUACAUGGAGGGUGACAAAUCUCGUGUGCUAGAUAUUGAUGAACCAGAUUUAACUUUAUUUCCGGAAUUCAUAAAAGCAACAAAAUAUGUUUGUACUUUGGAGCCUGGUGAUGUUUUAUUUAUUCCAGCACUUUGGUUUCAUAAUACACUAGCCCUAACAUAUGGGGUUGCAGUGAAUGUCUUUUGGAAAAAUCUUGAUCAUGAGCUGUAUGAUAAGAAUGAUUUCUAUGGAAAUAAAGACCUUUUACCAGCUGCCAAGGCCCUGCAAAAUGUAGAAAAUGCUAUUAAGCUGCUGAACACAUUACCACCACAGUAUAAAGACUUUUACUUGAAGAGGUGUCUGAAGAACAUUGAAAAACAUCUGCAGUAGACUGAAAAUAGCGAAGAAGUGAUAAUUAAAUAUAUGACUGUAGUACCUACUGAAAUAUCUGUUUCAUUGUAUUUCUAACACAUUGUAAAAUUCAUCAUUUCUAUAAAUGUAAAAAAUUUAUUUUUUGUAUUUGUUCAAUGUACAGUUAAGUUUAUUUACAUGGUUAAGUAAAAAACAAUAUAUUAUAUGAAUCUUAA